UGAUACAUCACCCAAAGUAUUGCUGUCCUGUAUAAAGAGUGAUGGGAGUGAUAGGUGCAUCUUAAACUGUCCCUCCGAGGUACAUUUGAUUUCUGGAAUGCAAGACGCCUACACUCUUACCUGUGGCAGCUCUUCUCAGCUUAAGAAAAAACAGCAAAAUACAAAUGAAUCUACUUGCCUGGAUACCUCAACCAUCAAGACAAGUGUAACCUUUAAGUUUAAUGAAGGAACAUGUAGUUUGAAAAAGACUGAGAUGUUUCGAGAAGGUCUGCAACAGAUAAUACCAGAUAAUCAUAACUCAGUAAUGGAGAGCUUCUACUAUGUAAACCUAAAAUGCAGCUCUGGCAAGAAAGUUCUCGGAGCCGUCAGCAGACCCACGACAGCUAAAGAAAUGUUUAUCACAGUGGACUUUGAGCUUGAAACAAACCAAAAGGAGGUGACAGACACAUGUGAUUUGAGCUGUGCUCGAAAAAGGACUGAGAAGAGACUCCGCAAAACAAUUAGAACCUUGCGGAAGGUAAUCAACAGGGAGCAAUUCCAUGUUCGUCUCUCUGGUAUGGACCAUGAAGUGGCCAAAAAGUCUCCCAGACUCUUGAAUCUACAGGAGUUCUGUGGCAUGGGACAAAUGCGUGUGGAUAACAGAUGUG